CUCUGUCUCUCUCUUUCCUCCGCUGAGAAGCAACCCUUGGGCUCGAUCCACCCUCCACCUCCCCCGCUUACUUCUCCUGUCGCCGGUGAAAGCCUCCCGGCUUCGCAGGAGAACCCAGCCGGAGGUCCACACGAGGUUCCUCUUUCCCGAUAACGGAGCAAGGGAAGGCGGCGAUGGAAGCAGCCAGCGUUCGACAGAAGAAACCUAGAUGGCCCUCCCUCUCGCUCAAUUCCCAGGAAUUGAUGGGAGAUGGAGUCGAAGGACUCGACGAUGGUGAGUUGCUUGAUGAGAAUGCCGGCGCUGAAGUCGAAGACAGAAUGCCCGAGGUGGGCAUGGUGUUCAAGAAUCAUCAAGAGGUGUCCAAAUUCUACAAGAGAUAUGCUCGCCGGGUAGGCUUCGGCAUUGCAAUAAGAAGAUCUGCCUUCACCAAAGAUGGCCACUGCCUGUACUUAGAGCUGAUGUGCUGCAAGGGAGGUCGGAAGCGGCCGGAGCCCAAGUACCGGAAGAGAAAUUCGGCGAAGACUAACUGUCCGGCUAGGAUUAAGGUGAAGCUGUGGGGUGAUGGGAUGCUGCACUUGGUGGUGGCCAACAUUGACCACAACCAUCCGGUGAGCCCCUCAAUGGCACGGUUCUUGACCUGUUAUAGGCAGCUGUCUGGUGCUGCCAAGAAGCGUGCCGAGCGUAACAAGGAUGGAGAGAUUGCACAGCCGAGUUUGCCGCCAAGGAUGUCCAUGAGUCGAUUAAGCACACUUGAGGAACUACUAUUUAGUGAGAGUGAACAUAGGAGUUUUGUGGAAAGAGGUCGGUUGAAGCUUGGAGAAGGAGAUGCUGAAGCUCUUUGUCUUUUCUUUACACGAAUGCAGGCCAAGAAUAUGAGUUUCUUCAAUACUGUGGAUUUAGAUGAGGAAGGUUGCCUGAGGAAUGUAUUUUGGGCGGAUGCACGGUCUAGGGCUGCUUAUCAGUAUUAUAAUGAUGUUGUGAUGCUUGAUACGACCUAUGUGAUUAAUAAGUACGAUUUGCCUCUAGCUACUUUUGUUGGGGUGAAUCAUCACGGUCAGUUGGUGCUACUCGGUUGCUGUCUGCUCUCGGAUGAGACCAUGGAGACCUAUGGAUGGCUGUUUAAGACAUGGAUAGCAUGUAUGUAUGGGGAGUUUCCCAAGGCCCUGAUUACUGAUCAGUCUAAAAGCAUUCAGACCGCACUUUCUCAAGUGCUGCCUGACGUUCGUCAUCGCAUGUGCUUGUCACAGAUAAUGAAAAAAGUUCCUGAGAAAUUAGGUGGAUCAGCAGAUUAUAGAGCUAUUAACAAGGCAAUGCAAAGGGCUGUUUAUGAUUCCAUAACAGUUGACGAGUUUGAGGAAGAUUGGAGAAGGAUGGUUGAGACAUAUGGACUUCAAGGUAAUGAAUGGAUCAGGUCAUUAUAUGAAUAUCGACAUUCUUGGGUCCCUGUUUAUUUAAAAGACACAUUCUGGGCUGGGAUGUCCAGCACCCAACAUAAUGAGACUGUGGCCACAUUUUUUGAUGGGCAUGUAGAAGCAAAGACUUCCUUGAAGCAAUUUCUUGGUAAAUAUGAGAUGGCAUUGCUGGAUAAAAUUGAAAAGGAAGCUCAAGCAGAUUUUGAGACAUUUCAUAAGAGACGGCCGUCUGUAUCAAAAUUUUACAUGGAAGAACAACUUUCUAAAGUAUACACACUUAAUAUAUUCAAAAAGUUCCAGGAUGAGAUUGAGGCCAUAAUGUACUGUCAUGCAUCACUGGUCAAAGUGGAUGGACCAGUGUCUACUUUCGACGUCAGGGAAUGUAUUUUUUUUGAUGAUGGAAAGAGGACAAUGAACAAGAAUCAUGGAGUUGUAUAUAACACAGAAGAAAAGGAGAUUCAAUGCAUAUGUGGUUCAUUUCAGUUCAGAGGGAUCCUAUGUCGGCAUGCUUUGACUGUAUUCAAGUUGCAACAAGUGCAUGAAAUUCCAUCUCAAUAUGUUAUUGGUCGGUGGAAAAAAGACUUUAAGCGAUUGCAUUUUCUUGCUCAUUCUUCAGAUGAUGCCAUUGCCAAUAACAGAGUUGACCGAUAUGAUUACUUAUCAAUGCGAUGCCUUCAGCUGGUUGAAGUAGGAGUGUUGUCAGAUAAAUACCAGCUAGCUCUCAAAUUGAUAAAAGAUAUGGAGAAGUUUCUUCUGAGUGAUAGAACAUAUGAUGAUACACAAGCUAAGAUCAGGCCUCGGAUUCCUAAAGCAAAUAGAUUGAUCUGGAAUCACAGACACAAUGCUGAAAAGAGUGUGACUUCUGAAAAUGGAAAUGCAGUGCAGCAGCCUGGUGUGCUACCACAAGUAAAUAAGAUCCAUCUUCUUCAAGGAAUUACGAAGGCUGCUGAAUUUCAAGUUCUUCCAACUCCAUGUCUUGCCACCCAGAUCAGGCCACUGCUAAACACAAGACCAAUGGAAGGAGGAAAUCCAACUGUCUUGUCUCGCAGUCAAUUUGGCUUACCAUUGAAUGGGAACCACACACCAGUUCGGCCUGGCAUUGUCUACAUGUUCCCGGGUGGGUUUGAUCCUCAAACAUUCGGAAAUGGACCCAUGAUGCCAUGGAUCUAUCAGCCAAUGCUCCAGGCUACUCGGAACCAAAAGGAUUCUCCGGCACCAGCAGGUCUUACACCAAAGAGACGAAAGAUGUAUCGUGGUCACAAGCCUGUGGAAGCAACUCAAAAUCCAAAAGAACCGCCUGUUGCAACAACUGGAUAAUGAAAAGGGGAUCAAGCUACAGAAUGUAACCCUAGGUUGGUCAAGCCGCAGCUGAAAUCAGAGCCCACUCUCCAAUUAUGAUUGCUUUGGGGAAAUUUAGAUGUCAGCACGAAGGCGCAAUCCGAACUCCAAUCUCAUUGUACAAUCUGCAACUUGGGAGAGGUCCUACAUCUAAUUACUCUAGGAUAUGGCUUCCCACCAGAAGCUUCGUUCGACAAAUUAUUUCAAUAUUUGGCCUGGACUGAGCUUGCUGGAAAUUUCGAAUUCUGUGAUUGAAGUUACUGUUAGGAGCCUGUCUUGGUAGUCUCUCUUACAGAAAUUUAUCUGAACAUAGAAGUAAUAAGUUUUAGCCCUGGUAGUAGGCAAACGAAUUGCCUUGCCUUGCAGCUGUAAGUGUGUAUGUUAGUUUGCUGGUUAUGGGGAGAGGAAGCUCAUGAUGUAUGUUAGUACCGUAGUAAGGGUCUGGUUUGGCGACUUGUAAUUAUAAUGUCAUUGGGUUGCACAUGUUACUGUGAAUAAAAAGGUUAACCGUGUUAAUA